AUGAUAAAUUUAUAUUUUGUUUAUGGAGGGCUGUUCAUGUUUGAGUUAGACGAAAAAGAAAGACUGAUUUUGGGAUUAGUAGAAGAGUAUGCACGUACACUCGUUCCAAAAACUGUACCUAGAGUCGCAGGUGGAUGGGUUAGAGACAAAUUGAUUGGAAUUGCAUCACAUGACAUUGACAUCGCCCUCGACACAAUUUCAGGUGAGAAAUUCGUAAAAGGUUUGAUUCAAUAUAACUCGCUAAGUGUAAAGAUUGGAAAGAUAGAAGCAAAUCCAGAUAAAUCAAAGCAUCUGGAAACAAUUGUAGUGAAUCUACAUGGGCUUGAUGUUGAUUUUGUACAUUUAAGAAAUGAGAAAUAUACAGAAAGUCGAAUACCGACGAUUACGGUUGGAACACCAGAGGAAGAUGCAUUUAGAAGGGACAUCACUGUAAAUGCACUCUUCUACAACAUCUACACAAAAGAAAUAGAGGAUUUCACAGGAAGGGGAUUAAAUGACCUGAAAAACAAAAUAAUCGAUACACCCCUUGAUCCAAUGAAAACCCUGUUGGAUGAUCCACUCAGAAUCCUUAGAGUAUUCAGAUUUCAUGCCAAGUUGAAUUUCACAAUUUCAGAUCGAUUUUAUCAAAGUAUCAAAAAUCAAAACAUCAAAGAUGCGUUCAGAACAAAAGUAUCAGCGGAGAGGGUUUGGGCCGAACUACAAAAGAUGUUUUCAUAUGACAACGGCUGCUCUGGUUUAUUAGACAUUUGCAAACACAAUUUUAUAGAUCCAAUAUUCAAAAUCAAGGCUGAUGAUGAUAUUUACAAUGAUGCUAUCAGAUUCUAUGGCAGGAUAAAGUCAUAUUUAGAUAAAAAUGUCACGUUUCUAACGACUGAUAGCAAGAUGAUACUCAAAUUGUAUAUUGUACUUCAUAGAACAAUACGCAAAUACGAAAACAAAGCAUUUUACAAUUACACUAUUCUAAGAGAUGCAUUAAAGGCGCCAAACAUUAUCUGCAAGGCUAUUAACGUCAUUGAAUCAAAUUAUCAGGCAUAUAUGGACAACAUGAGCGAAGAUUCACUAAUUGAUUGUCUAUUAGAUUCUGGCUUUCACUGGAGGAUAAUUGUGGUGAUAGCAUAUGGAGCAGGUAAACUGAAAAAUGUUGCUGAUAUUAUUGAGAAAGUAGAUGCAAAAGAACUUGAAGAGAAGGCCUUGAAAUCCAAAUUCAAGGUGGAUGGAAAUGAUUUAAAAGGACUGGUUGAAAACAAAAGUGAAAUAAAGAAUCUGCUCAGGAAGUGCAGAGUCACCGAAAUAAAGUACCCAAACCUAACAAAAGAUGAAAUAAUAGGACGCAUCAUGAAAUCAUAA